AAAUCCCACAGAUGAAAUUACAGAACAAUACAGAUAAGCCCGAGCGUUUUGUUCGAGCAGACCAUCAAGCAAUUGGAAUAUUCCUCCAUCCAAUGAAGUACAAGUUGCCUAAAGAAGAAGUGGGUGUUUUUGAGCGGCAUUUCCCUUGCUUUUCUGACUCGUGAGUGUUAGGCAAGUCGCCCGCCAUGCAGCGUGGGAUGUAGGAAGCGCUGGCUGCCGCCGUUACACUUGUGCGCUCGCUCCAUCAUAGGGCCAUAAAUCCGUCAUCCGUAAACAUUCGCAGACAGCCUUCAUGGGAAAGCGGGAGCCAUUUGGGUGUUUCAUGUCAGCGUGAGGAGCAAACAGUCAACGGAUUUCCUCAAUCAGAGGCUUGCGAGCGUGCGCCUAACAAGCUCACUGACAGAAACACGCAGGGGGUGGGGGACUUGCGCGAGCAGGCUAACCAGCUCCGGGCGCGCGCGACACAUUUCCAGCGCGGCUGUGACCCAACAGGCACGCGCAUGCGCGCUGGCCCGGAUUUCCGCCGUCACUCAAUAAGGCUUGCGAGACUCAAGCGCCGCAGGUUUGAUGUCAUCUUCUGAGUUUGUUUGCUUUUGAUUUGGACUUGGCUUGUUUUUUUCUUGUCCUUUUUGUCAAAGUUCCGUUUUCUUUGUCUCGCUCGAAGUGUUGUCGUUCGCCCCGCCCCUUGCGUCUUGCAAUUUGCUCACUUGCGCCUUGUGCAGGUGUUCCUCGUUCCCUGGUCUCGUUUGUUGCUAUUUAGUUGCCCCCUUUCUGUUGCUAUUUAGUUUCCCCCUCACUGUUGCCAGAAGGUGAAAAUGUUUACUUUGUGAGCUGCAUGUAGGUGGAGCAAAGCGGUGGCGGUGUUUGAUUAUUCGACACAAACCUCCAAGGAGGAAGUGGCCAAUAACGGCUCAUUUCCACUCACGCUUUGCAAAAACGUUAAUGCAGCCUUGCGCCGCCGGCUGCUGCUGCGGCUCCGGCUGCGGCUGCAGCACAAGGAGGUAUUGCUUUAUGCGGAAGGAGCGUGUCGUUCUUUUCUCUUCUCCAUGAAGCCCCGUAGCUAUUAAUAACCAGGUAUUGACCUCUUUUGUCAACAAGAGUGACACCUACAAAUAAUAUGCUUGAGGAGGCACAAUGGGGAGUUCCCUGGGAUUGAAAACAGGAAAUCUGUGUGCGCGCGCGCGAUUGCCUGUAUGUGCGCAAGUGUGUUUGUAAAUGUCCUACUCUACUAACGGUGUCCGCUUGGGAGUACAAAUUCAAAGAGAAAUCAUUCAUUUGACCAAUUUGUUCCAAAUCCAAGGAGCUCACGAAUACAAAAUAAUCCCCCCGAGUGGCCCUCUGCAUUUGAUCAACUUCCUGUUCUUAUUUCACAUUGUACAAAAUGUUCGAGGCACACGGCCGGGAUGCAGCUGUACUUCCUAGUCCAUCAUGCCUGGAAUGAAACAGCCAUUUUAUUUUAUUUCGAAAAUAAGGACAUUUUUAAGUGGGCCCAAACUUUGGCACGGUAGCGCACGCGUACUCAGGCGUCACAGAUGUUGACCUCGAACGGGGCUGUCAAACUCCGGCCCACGGCCUAAUUGUAUUUGGGUUGCCGCCGCCGCCAAGACAAAUUCUGCAUGGACUUUACGUGUCAAUACUAAAAUGACAAACUGUCUUCAGUAAUAGAGAUGUUGCUUGCGAGUGGUUGUUUUUUAUCUCAGAAGUGCUGCUUCCCCCCUCGCUCCUGAUUCACCAUUGUUGCUGAUAAGCAGCAGGCUGGAUAGAGAGGGGCUCGACCUGGCGCCCCUGAUCUAAAUACUCUUAGAUGUUCACACACAGUCAUAUUGGCCCUCUGAGGAAAAGUACAAAAUGACAGCCCUGCACGAGAGCGUCGCUUGCCCACCCGCCCACCAGCUUCUGUUCCAGGAAGCAGCCUUUUUUUCAGCUCCACAAGUCGUUGCCGCCGCCGCGUCAGAUCGCGCCCGCGGAGGAAGACUAAAACGAUGAGCCGGCUAUCGCUGUUGGUGAAGGUGGCGGCCGCGUGUUGCGUCGCCCGAAGUCAGGCGAACGGCGAUGUCGAGUGCGGCAAAGACGUCAGCUUGAGCUGUCUGUGUUGGGACGGCACCGAUUUCCUCUUCCUGUCUUGGUACAAGAUGAGUGGGCAGGAAAGGACUUUUAUCAUCAAGGUGGACGGGAGCUGGCGCCAGAUCGAGGCCACCCGUUCUCAGCGGGCCACCUUCGGAAACAACCACAGUCUGCACCUGCCCGCCGUCACGCCCCGGGACUCCGGUACCUACAAGUGCGUUAUCACCGCAAAGGUAGGCGGUCAAAGCAAAGACUGCACCUUCGGCCUUCGGGUUCAAGAUUGUGGGGCCACAGCAGCGACGGCGACGAGCGCACUUAACGGCAGUCGACAUGAGGAGGCGCUGCCGCUGCCACUGCCAGUCACGUGGACCGCUCUGGGCUGCUUGGCGGUUGCCUUGGUCAAAGCGCUCGUGUCCUGCAUAAGCAUCGGGGUCUUUGGAGCUCGCUAUGCGUGAUCUCCCGGAGCAGAGACGUGGGCACCGCCAGGACCCGAUUGGGACGUUGGGAUUUUCCACCAAUGUUGUCCAAUUGAAAGUUGGGAAACUGAACCAGAUUUGUCCAAAUAAAUUGUUGCCCAUUGCCUAUCA